AUGAAAAACCCUCCCCCUCCUCCUAAACCACCGGACCCUCCAGAGCGGAGCGAGCCACUGGACCCAUCGCGUCGCGGCACAGCUUCUCUGCAUCUGCCUCCGUGCCAUCACCUCCGCCUAUUACUCACUGUCGACAACACUUCUCAAUCUCCGGAUUCAAUCCCUGCUCCGGCGACGACAAGAUCCAUCCCCUCCCCAAGAGCUCACCAUGAACUCUCCGUAUCAAUUUCCCUCGAGGAUCAAUCUUCUUGCUCCGGUCUGGGUUCACCGACGCAAAGCUUUGAAUCCUCCGAUUGUAUGAGAUCUCAUCCUCACCUCCACGACCUUACCUGCCUUGAGAUGUCUUAUGGAUUUCUCCGACCAUCUCACUUAAAGACGCCUCCCCAGUCUUAA